UAGGGCUAGAUGUAUAGCAAAGACCUGAGAUUUGCGAAAAUGUAUCAAGUUUAAUGACUUGCAUAGCCAUGACUCAAGCUGCUUAUGGUGUGAAGCCGUGCGCACAAUAUGGAGAGGAUUCCUUGUCGAGUAUUUAUAGCUUUCUGUAUUGCAUUCAUCCUAAAAGUGGUAUAUACAAAUGCACUCCCCAGCCCGUCAUCAUUGGGAGAGGCCAACGAAUGGUUUCCUCCUGUGCCGUGGACCCCAUCCAUCUAGCCAUCCCCAUCCAAUUGCCCCCUAGUAGCCCAUUUCGUUUCAAAAAGAAACAUGUUUUGCAUGUGUGCAUUAAUGUGGUAUAAUGUAUGUGGUAUGUAUAGUUUGGUGAGCACGCGCGCGAAACGGACUCGACCAAGGCGUAUGUCGAACACGCCUCUUUUCGUAUUAUAAGGAAAUAAUGGGGGAGUAAAAGCAAAGCGGCAAAAAAACAACGACGGGAAAAAACAAAGAUGCAGCUUCCAUUCUGGAAGAACAGUGGUUUGUGGUGGAACCUGUAAAAACGCCGGAGGGAAACGUGUCGUUGAAACGAAUGUAUGCCGGAGGAAAAGAGUUUCUCUGGGUCCGAUUCAGGUUGUGAGAUGCGUGAGGUUUGGAGUUUUUUUAUUGUUUUGUUUUUGUUUUGUUUG